ACAAACCGACCUUGUAGUACUACGGAGUAGCUACGAAAACAAAAUCCGCCGCAUCCCUAUCCAUCUCUAUCUAUCUAUGGCGUGACGUCCCUACACAGCCAGACGCACGCAUAUAUACCCCUGACCCGAUAGUGCGAUGUGGUCGAUAGAAGCGGCGAUCGCCAGGCACGAGAGCAUCGUCAUGGAACAACAACAGCAGACCGAACAGCAGCAGAUGGAAGCGGCGGCGGCGGCAGGGAGCGGCGUGGCGGCACCGGGAGCAGCGCAGUCGUCACAGGCGACGGCGAUGAAGGUGGUGGUGGCGGUGGACGCGAGCGAGGAGAGCCUCCACGCGCUGUCGUGGGCGCUGGACCACGUGGUCCGCUUCCACCCGGGCGCGUCCGUCGUCGUCCUCCACGCCCAGCACGGCGCCGACCACUUCGUCUACCCCAUCGCCGCCCACGGCCUGGCCUACGCCCCGCCCACGUCGCUCGACGCCGUCAGGAAGGACCAGGAGGAGCUCUCCAGCAAGGUCGUCUCCCGCGCGCUCGACGUCUGCAACCAGAAACAGGUGAACGCGUCGGCGGUCGUGGUGGAGGGCGACCCGAAGGAGGCCAUCUGCCAGGCCGCGGAGGUGAUGCACGCCGGCCUCCUCGUCCUGGGCAGCCGCGGCCUCGGCAUGAUCAAGAGGGCGUUGCUGGGCAGCGUCAGCGACUACCUCGCCCAUCACGCGCGUUGCCCCGUUCUGAUCGUGAAGCCGCCGCACAAAGCGCACGACAAGUGAAGCUCCCUGCUUUCGAGCCAUCCAGUAGCUAGCACUGCUGAAAGUCUGAAACCUGUUUACCAUACUCUGUUUUGUCGUUAAAAGUGUACUGUCUUGUGCCUCCAAUAACGAUGUGAUAGAGCUCAGUCGUGGAUUCUGGAUAAUGUACUAGUGUGUGGAUGUUUACUGAACAAGUGGUUGUUUAAACCUGAAUCUCAGUUAUGUAUGCGGACUCCACUGUCCCAAAAUAAGUGACUGAUUCUUAUACAAAUUCACUCACUUAUUUUCAGACGGAGGAAGUAUAACAUUUCUCAUAAA